UGGUCUCUUUCUCUGUGUGCCCUCGGUAGGAACCAUACCACAGCGGGGCAACUUUCAGAAUCCCUUUUACGGACAGGCUGGAAAUAUUUUACUUUUUGCUAAUAAUUUGCUGCAUUUUUAAGGCAUAAACGCCACAGGUUGUUGUUUUGUGGUCAUCACAAUGCAACAUUUAGCUCUAAGGGUCCUUUUCUCGUCUUUGCUGCUUCUGGCAGUGGUUCCUUUAGCACACUCACAAUCAGAUUGUUCACAGGCUGAGUCAUGUGAUCUGUGUGUCGGAGACUCCAUGCUUAACCUGACAGGCUGCGUCUGGAGGCUUUGCCCAGCUGGUAACGAUACAGGCAUGUGUGUGACAGAUCAGGGGGAUUCUGCGGACAGCGGCAUGAACUGCAGCUGGACCAGAGUGUCUGAACUGUGCUCAGUUGUAGAGACUGUUGCCGCCGGUGGAAGUGAAGGUGACUCAGGUGGUGACAGUGGCUCCAACUCGUCCGAGUUUUCCCAGGCCAAGUUUGACAUGGCCAGCUUCAUAGGCGGGAUUAUACUGGUGCUGUGUCUGCAGGCCGGCGGCUUCAUCGCCAUGCGCUUCCUCAAAUCCAAAGAGCAGAGCACCUAUGACCCCAUAGAGCAGCCACAGUGAGGACAAGAUGUUUGAAGGGCAAUCAGACAGGAUGGGGGACAGCAUCAGCAACGGCAGCAGCAGCGGCAGAGCGGUGACUCAUCGAGCAAUGACGACAAAAUAUUUUUGUUGCUUUUUUAAAGCCCCCAUCGUUUUUGUUUUGGUGUCCUUCAUAAAACCCCAGUAGGAUGCCUGUGUUUAUGACAGACCUUUUCCCCUCAGUUUUGACUAUAUUGAUGCUGGCAUUUACAGUCCAUCUGUGAAUUUGAGAAAUGUGAGCUGUGAAUAUGGCAGCGCAGCCAUGGCGAAUGGUUACAUAACUUUGUGCACAGUACUUUCUGACAGUAGGUUAGAAUAAAAAAAAGCUUCCCAGACACUUUGAAGCCCAAAUUAGAUUGGAUCAUAAAAGAGACGCUGGCGCUGCCUUUCAUCCAUCUCUGUUUCAUGUGAAUUUAAAAAGCAUUACGCUAAACAUUUUCUUGCAGUACAGUGGAGCUUUAAAUUUGUGAACCCAUUCUUAUUUAUUUAUUUAUUUAUAAUUUUGGUCACCAUGGUACACUGUUUUUGUGUUUUACCACAACCAAUUUCAGCAGACAGCUUAUUAACAGGCCUUUGCAAAACUUAAUGACAAGCAGCGAAGGUAUUUCCCUCCUUUGCAUUAAGUUUCCUGCAGCAGAGAAAAGGUCCACGCAUUCACAGCAGUGUGACACUAGCACCGCCAUGCUGAAAUGCCAGGUUUUCUUUUCACCUAUCAGCUCCUGCUCAGUUCACCCCUUUGUCACUUCAUACCCCCCUUUCAUACCUACGUGUUACCUUUUCAUCUAUGUAUUUUUUUUAGGAAUUGUGGGGGAAAAAGUCAGACUUCAUGUUAAACCCAUUGUUUGGUGUUCUUGUCAUUUGGGCCAUCUGACUCCAAGAUGUUUUCACCUGUAUUCAUAAUGAUGCUGGUUAUAGGGAUAAAUACCUGACUUAUUUAUCUGUGUUGUCAUUUUAUUGCUUGAAUAAACUCUGGAUAAUCAUC